AUGCGGCUUGGAACAGUUACAGCGUUUCUUUCAUGGGCCUUGGUCGCCUCGGCCACCAUUCUCGAGAACGGUCAAGUAAGAGAGAAUGCGUAUCCUGGCCAGUUACAACCAGUGACUUUGGACAAUUCUUGGAGGAACUAUCCAGCGGAUGCUCCGGAGAUAUCUUACAAAGGUCGUUGGGAUAGCCAGCACAUUUCCUGGUGGUCUGCACCGGGAAUCAAAGUCGAGUUCUCUGGGGAAAAGCUUGCUGUCCAUUUCGGCCCAAAUACCAACACAGGUGUUCUUGUGGCUUACCGGGUGGGCUCUCUCGACUGGCAAUUCUCUAACAUCACCGCCGACUCAACAUAUCAAUUUGUUGGACCGUGGUCAGAGCUCAAAGAUGAUGAUCAACCCAUCGACAAAAAUGUGUUUGAGAUGAGAGUUCAAAUUGCUGGUGUAGCCGUCGCGAAUGACGCCGUCAUCACUAAGGCUCCGACCUUCGAAAAGAGAGUUGAGAUCAUCGGCGGCUCUCUUGCAUCUGGGCAAUUCGCCACCUACGAGACCGUCUCCUCGUGGUCUUUCCUCCUCGCUAACGGCUUGGGCAAUGUCGAAUAUGGCAUCACAGCCUAUCCCGGCGUAUGUCUCGCGGAUGAACAAUGUUACAACGGUGGCUCUCGUGGUGUAGGCUGGUACUGGCACCGCGCCUCAGACCCCGGCUCGCGAGCACGUGCAAUCUAUGACCACAGCCCUGAGAAAUGGGACGUGAAAGCAGAGCAACCGGCCGAUCUUGUGAUCAUCCAAAUGGGCGGUAACGAUCACCGCCACCCCAAUGAAAUCCCCGGCAGGGACUACUACCAUGCCUAUGUGGAGUUGGUAGAGGAUAUCCACUCUAACUGGCCUCAUGCAAUCAUCGUUCUCAUGUCUCAAUGGGGAAGUUUCACCAAAGAAGGCAAGAAGUGGGUAGGUAGCACUUACUACCAGGAAGAGACCAAGCAGGUCAAUGAGCACUUCAAGGACCGUGGUUUCGUCUACUAUUUCCCCACAGAGGGCCUAUUACAACAUAACGAUAUUAACCCCAAGAACCAUCUUACGGAUGUGGGACAUGUCAAGAUUGCGAGUCACUUGUUGCAGUGGGUGAAGUUGGUGCUUAGGUGGAAUCUUGAGCCAACUGGUGAAGUCCAAUCUGGAACUACUUACUGGAACGAUCAGCAGGAAUACUGA